AAGCGAAGCACAACUCAAAAGUAAGUUAAAACAACUUUUCUGCAGGUUGUUUUAUUUAACCGUGUAAAAACGAGCACGAGAGCAUUGCCAUCCUAUAACCAAAAUAAAAGUAAAAAUCAGCCAAAAAGCACGCGAAAACCAUCUAUUUAUUAUCGAAAACAAUGAACGAUUUGCUUGAAAAGCCACGAAUCUAUCUGGAGGAACACAAGCUCAAACAGGAUGCCAACGACUAUGGUUUGGCGGAUGAGCUGUGGGAUUUUCAGCGUUUCCAGCAACAGUUACAAAUUGUGAUAGUGCGCUAUGACGAAAACGAACUGGAAUUUGAUAUGAUCGGUGUAAGUCCAGCGAUUGCCAACGCGUUUCGUCGGUUGAUGCUGAGCGAAGUUCCUAGUAUGGCCAUCGAGAAGGUGCACAUUUACAACAAUACUUCAAUCAUUCAGGAUGAAGUGCUUGCUCAUCGGUUAGGGUUGAUCCCGUUGAAAGCUGAUCCUCGAUUAUUCGAAUACAAAACAAACGAGAACGAUCCGGCGAAUGCAUUGGAUACUUUGGAGUUCGAGCUGAAGGUAAAAUGUACCCGCAAAAAUAAGGAUGCCACUGACGUAACAAACAACGACAAUAUGUACAAAAAUCACAGCAUCUACUCCGGUCAGAUCAAAUGGGUUCCAAUAGGUAAUCAAGCAUCAAUUUAUAAGGAAUCCGACGUGGGACCGAUUGAUGAUGAUAUACUGAUUAGUAAGAUGCGUCCUGGGCAUGAAUUCGACAUCAAAUUGUUUGCCGUGAAAGGAAUUGGCAAAGAUCAUGCCAAGUUUUCGCCAGUAGCGACAGCUUCCUAUAGAUUGCUUCCCGAUGUUCGCCUGAAUCGACAGGUGGUUGGGAGGGAUGCGUUGCUACUACAGAAAUGCUUUUCUCCCGGAGUAAUUGGAAUCGACAAAGAUGAGCAAGCGUACGUGAAAGAUGCUCGCUAUGACAGUUGCAGUAGGAACGUGUACCGGUACCCGCAGAUUGCGGAUGCUGUAACUCUAAGUCGGGUGCGAAAUCAUUUCAUUUUUACUGUGGAAUCGGGAGCUUUGAAGCCGGAUGUGAUUUUCGUGGAGGCUGCAAAGGUACUGAAGAAGAAAUGCAAAAUGUUCCUGGAUGAAAUAAAAGAAAUCUUCAAGAUACAUCUGUUUAGGCUAUCCGGCUGGCACAUAAGCUAUUAAUCAUCCACUUUUGUCAAGAUCUCCGGUAGCUGAACUACCCCUG